AUGUCUUUCUCCAACCCUGAGGAUACCCCCCAAAAGCCUGAGUCCGCGUCUGAACCCUCAACCUCCAAGCAGAAGAAGAAGAGGAGAAAGCGGUCACAGCAAGAGGCCAGCGUCCACGCCCUCACCAGGGCGGGCCACGGGGCGCUCCUGGCUGGCCGGAACCACGAAGCCUUGACCAGCUUCCAGAAGGCCUUCGCCCUGGCCUCCGAGGCCCCGCGCACUCGCGACGCCCCUGUUCUCCGGGCCUGUGCCUUCAACCUGGGGGCUGCCUACGUGGAGACUGGGGACCCGGCCCGGGGCCUCGAGCUGCUCCUACGGGCCCAGCCUGAGGAGGAGGCGCAGGGCAGGCGUCAUGGCGACCAGUGCUUCAACGUGGCCUUGGCCUACCACGCCCUGGGCGACCUGCCUCAAGCUUUGGCCUGGUACCAGAGGGCCCUGGGUCACUACCAGCCACUGGGUGACCAUGGGCAAGCCCAGGCAAAAAUGGGAGCCUGCUACGAGGCCCUGGGGCGGCCCGAGCUAGCGGCCCACUGUCUGCAGGAGGCAGGCCGGGCCUACGCCCAGGCGGGCCGGCCCCAGGCUGCGGCCCUGGCCUUGGGGGCUGCCGCGGGGUGUAUGCUGAAGAGCGGGCGGCACGGGGUGGGCGCGGUGGUGCGGGUGCUGGAGGAGAGCCGGAGGCUUGCGGAGAGGACCCCGGAGCACAGACUGCUGGGGCACCUCUAUAAUGACCUAGGCCUGAGCUACUCCCAGCUCCAGCUGUUCCCGCUCGCGGCGGAGGCCUUCCUGCGGGCCCUGCCCCUGUGUCGGGGGCCGGGAGAGGAGGCCACGGUGCUGAGGAACCUCGGGAUGGCCCACAGUGCCCUCGGCAACCACCGGCAAGCCCGGGACCUUCACCAGAAGGCUGCUGACCUGCAUGGCUCCGCGGGGCAGCGGCAGGAGCAGGGCCGGAGCUUCGGCAGCCUGGCAUUUGCCCUGAGCCAGCUGGGGGACCACGGAGCAGCCAGGGACAGCUACCUCCACGCCCUGCAGGCGGCCCGCGACACCGGGGACACGAGGGGCCAGUGGCAGGCCUGCGAGGGGCUGGGGGCUGCUGCGGCCAGGCUGGGGCAGCACGAGCAGGCCCUGAGGUACUACAAGGAGGCGCUGGCCCGGAGUCAGAAGGAGCCGGACUCUGUGCGGGACCGGCUGGUGGCCAAGCUGGCGGACGCCAUGAGGACGCACUUGGCCUGGGCCGGGCUGGUCCCCACGCACACCCUGACUUCGGCGCCAGGGAGGCCCCAGGCUUCAGGUGGGCCGGGAAGGGGCCGAGCAGAAGUGCGGCACAGGUCUUCGGGUGGGUGGGACGAAGAAGAGUUGGACCAGGGCCAGGAGAGAGAGGGCCAGGCACCACCGGAUGUCCCCGCGGCCUCCUGGGCGCAGAGGCUGGAGUGUCCAGGACCUGGGGCCCAUCUCCCGCUUGGAGGCCAAGGCCCCCUCCGAAUGGAGCAUCCUGGCACUCGGGUACCCAGUGGCCCCCAGGUCCACAGGUCACCCAGAUGGCCCAGGGACACCCCCAGCAGGAACCCUCCAAGGAGACCCACCAAGUCUGGCUUCUGUGCCAUCAUGUGA